CGCUAGACGUCAGUAGGGCGAUUUCCAAAGGUUUGUCUCUUUCUCUUGUUUUCCGGGGGAGAUAAACUGAAGCUAAGCUGCAGCUGGUUCAAGAACCUGUCUGACUUUCUCUGUUUUGCACCUUUAAUCAUCGGGGAUUCACAGUCGGGAUGGCAGCUGUUAAAAUGACGGAGGGUACAGUGCAGGUGGAGAGCUGCAACGCGCCACUGUUUUACAGACAAAGCGAACCUGUGACAGGAGAAGCAAAAGUGUCGGUUCUGCUUCUUCACGGCAUACGCUUCUCUUCAGAAAACUGGCUCAGCAUCGGCACUCUGGAGACGCUGGCCAAAGCGGGUUGCCGCGCGGUCGCCAUCGACCUGCCAGAACUUGGUCAGUCUAAAUCGGCCAAAGCCCCGGCGGCAGUGGGAACACCCGCCCCUGCAGGUUUCCUCAAAGAGGUGUUUGAGCAGCUGAAUCUAACCCCGGCGGUGGUGAUCAGCCCAUCCCUUAGCGGGAUGUAUUCCCUGCCCUUCCUCCUCGAGCACCAGGCUCUGGUGCGAGCCUACAUCCCUGUCGCUCCCAUCUGUACGGACAAAUUCACAGCGGAGCAGUACCAGAGCGUAAAGGUCCCAUCGCUGAUUGUUUACGGUGACCAGGACCAUCAACUCGGGGAGGUGUCGCUCCGUAACCUGAGCAAUCUGGCCAAUCACAAAGUGGUGGUGAUGAAGGGAGCAGGCCACCCCUGUUACCUGGACGACCCAGACACUUGGCACAAAGCUCUUACAGACUUCCUUAACACGCUGUGAAGCUCUUUGCUGUGCAUUAGCAGCGCGAUCGCCAAGAAUGCGGUCACGCAUAGGCAAACACAUUAAUCACUUGUGAAGAAUUGAACUCACGUAUUCCCAAUGCUUAACCUGAUUUGUAUGUUUUGAUACGUCUGCAAAUCGGGCCUUUUCUAAUGGUGACAGCAGUUGAACUUUUCCUUAAAAGGUUGAAGCCUGAAGCUUUUUGAGAAAUAUUGUCUCUUAAAUGAGAAAACCUGAUGUCAGUCUUGAAUCUGUACACUAAACACAAAGCUCAAGUCUGCAGCCGACUACUGAACCCAGGCGUGUAGGAUAACGACACGUGGUUCACCCACAUCACUGAACAGCGUCCAGUAUUUCCACUCUGGAAAUUUUGUUUCCUGUUUCGUUGUUGUAAAAUAUUUCGUUUGAGUAAUUUUGGUUUAAUUUAGGUGACUGAAGCUACUGUUCACUAACAUUAUAUAAAAUGACCGUGGUUGUUUUAGUGUUUGAGUGCACACAAAACUGCAAGUCUUCCAACUGUCACCUGGUCAAGGCUGCGAAGCAAGAUAGAAAUGUGUUAAACAUGUGUCGCUUUUAUGUCUCAGUGUUUCUGUCCUAAUGCAGUUUAUCUGACUUUGCAGUAAUCAUUACAGAACUGCCUGAAAUCAGCACGAACGAUGCCUUAAAUUCGCCAAAGACCAUUUUUCAAUAUAACCCAAGUUUUAAUAAAAGAAUGACACUUUAUGCCUCACACACUGAAACUCUGUAAUUAUGAAGCAAUCAGAAGGGAGCAUGUUAUGAACAUGGCACAAACAGAAUAAAGUUCAAAGAGAGCAGGCUGCAGGUCACUUUCAUGUCUCUGCACCAUGUUACGUUUGCCAAAUGCUAGCUGCCUACACAUUGCACUCAUACACACCAGGGUUGUAUUAAUCGUCUCAUCCCAGCGUUAGAAGUGAAUAUUUUUAAUAAAGCAUCAUAAUUAUUAUAUAUUUGCUUGGUUCUCAACAGACUGUGUGUUUUCUAUUUAACCGAGGAGUUAAAGCAGGUAACGUCAAACUGAUUUUACAUCACGGGCCACAGACAGCUUCGACUUCAAGUGGGUCAGCCCAGUGAAAGUACAUGAGAAACACGUAAAAUUACAGUUUAGUUCAUUACCCAGCUGAUGUUUCUGGGUAGAUUGUGGAAAAGCGGGAACUUUUCUGUCAUUUAAUUGUUUAUCUAUUACUUAAUGACUUUAGGAUAGUAUGAAUAGCAAUGUGGUGCUGUCUUUAUCAAUAGGAAAAUCUGUAAAACCCACAAAAAACCAGUUAAAAAUCUAUGCACUCGUUCACAUUUUCCAGCCAGAUUGGAAUUUUUACUGGGGAAUUUUUCCACCCCCCCCAAAAAACAAAACACCACACAAUAAAAUGAAGUGAAAAAUAUGAACAUUAUUUAAUAACUGAUUCUCUGUAAUAAACAAUUUGAAAAUAUUUUACAAGGAGUCACAGACACAAUAUUUUACAAAUUUUGCCCUCUUCUUUUUUGUUUUCUUCUUCUUUUUUUUAAGCUUCGUCUGUACAAAAGAAUGGAGCGACGACAUGGACUAGUGCCCAGAAAAGAAGGAGCUAAAUCUUCCACACAUACAAACAUUCACACUCACACACGUACGAGGAAGAAAAGAAAAACCAAAAAAAAAAAGAAAACAUUUUGACAUCAGAUCUCAAACUUA